AUGACCCUCGACACCACCAUUCAAAAGCUGACGUGUCAUCUCAGCAUUGACGACCCAUCACGACUCCCCGCCCGGGCCGAAAUGCCGCAUCACCAAGCCAUCGCCAACGCCAUACGCGAGGAGGACCUCCUGCGCGCACCGCUUAAGUAUUUGGUCCUAGAAGACAUGGGGUUUUGGAAGCGCUGA